AUGGCAGUUUUCAACCUCAGCUCCUCUGACAUGUCAACAUUCAUCCUAACAGGCAUCCCUGGCCUGGAACAUGCUCACAUCUGGAUUUCCAUCCCUUUUGCUACUUGCUAUAUUUUCUGCCUGUUGGGAAAUGUCUCCAUUCUGUUUGUGGUUGGCAAAGAGCAGACCCUGCACCAACCGAUGUACCUGCUACUCUGCAUGCUGGCACUCACAGACAUCACUAUCUCUACCUGUGUUGUGCCAAAGGCCCUGAGUAUUUUUUGGUUCAAUUUGAAAGUCAUCACAGUGAGUGGCUGCCUCACCCAAAUUACCUUCCUUAGUGCGGCUUUUUCAAUGCAAUCAGCCAUCCUUGUGACAAUGGGCUUCGAUCGCUAUGUUGCCAUAUGUAACCCUCUGAGAUACGCCACCAUACUCACCCACACACGGAUAGCUACGCUAGGGCUGGUUAGUUUAAUAAGAGGGAUUCUCUGUGUGCUUCCCAUACCCCUCAUGCUGAGCCAACUGCCGUUCUGUGGCAACCGCAUUAUCCCUCAUACGAUCUGUCAGGCUAUUCCUGUGGCAAGGAUGUUAUGCGGGGACCUCACAUUCUACAGGCUCUAUGGAUUGGUGAUGGCACUUACACUUGUUGGGUUAGAUCUGACACUCAUUGCCCUUUCCUACUAUCUGAUCAUCAGGGCCGUUCUUAGAAUCUCCUCUCAGGAAGCCAACCUGAAAGCCCUCAAAACCUGCACCGCCCACAUUGGUGUGAUGCUGAUGUUUUACACUCCCUACCUUUUCUCCAUUAUGACAAUUCGGUUUGGUGAGGGCAUCACUCCUCAUGUUCAAAUCUUCUUGGCCAACAUCUAUGUCCUUGUCCCUACCAUGCUAAACCCAAUCAUUUAUGGAGUCAAAACCCAAGAACUUGGUGAGAAAAUGAGGAAAAACAUCUGCAGAAUGUGA